AUGGAGGCACCAGAGUGGUUAGCAAAUGCAGUUGAUCUAGGUACAUCAAUUAUGGCCGUAGAGUUUGACGGAGGUGUUGUUAUGGGUGCAGACUCGAGAACAACUACUGGCUCCUACAUUGCCAACCGUGUCACCAACAAGAUCACACCAAUACACGAGAGAAUUUACUGCUGUAGAUCAGGCUCUGCAGCUGACACACAAGCCAUUUCAGACUAUGUCAGAUACUAUCUCGAAAUCCACAACUCUGAACUUGGAGAGGAUCCAGAGGUCAAGACAGCUGCCUCACUGUUCCAAUUGUUGUGCUACAAUAACAAGCAAUUGAUGGCAGGUAUCAUUGUUGCAGGUUGGGACAAGCAGACUGGAGGCAGUGUUUACAACAUCUCCCUUGGUGGUUCCAUGGUUAGACAGCCAUUUGCCAUCGGUGGUUCUGGUUCUACCUACAUCUAUGGUUACUGUGACUCUCAAUUCAGACCAAAGAUGAGCAAAGAUGAAUGUGUCGAAUUUGUAAAGAACUCAUUGGCACUUGCAAUGUUCAGAGAUGGAUCAUCAGGAGGUGUCAUCAGACUUUGUAUUAUUGAUAAGAGUGGCGUAGAGAGAAGAAUGAUCCCAGGCAAUCAGCUGCCAAGAUUCUGGGAGGGC